UGACCUGGAUGCUGACGGUAGGUGAAGCAGCGUCGAGCGUGCUAUUCACCAAUCGCUCCUUAGCCAGAUACGUACGAUCCGGAUGUGAGCCGCAACCUCUUUGUUCUUUAUUAACACUUUUCCACCUGCCAGUGAGCCCACGUACCUCUUCGCCGUACCAGUUCAGUGCCGCGCCGGAUAUUCCCCCGUUUUUACGCCCGAACAGGAAUAAAAAACCCCAAUAUCUCCAAAAACUUUCCGAAAGCGAAGGAUACCUGAAGGGACGAGCCGAAGAUUUGACACGUUUUCCUGGAGAGGAAGGAGGAAUUUUCUUCAAGACGGGAGGAUUGAGUAACCGCCGAGCUGUCUGUCAACGGAUCCAGAAUGCGGCUUAGUGUCGUAUUCGAACUCCUCCUUAUAUUUCUCAUCAUUGCCUUCUCAGCCUCCAGAGUCAUAGAAACCCCCGCUAAGAAUGCGCUGACAGGCAAAUCGAACAAGGGACUGAAGGGGUCCCGACAGGACCCCCUGAACCGAUACUGCGCCUGCACCACCCUCCAAUGUAACUGCUGCCGAGAAUUCUCUCUACCCGUCGUCCCCGUCAAGGGUCCAGGAUGCGCCUCCAUCAGAUACGUAAGCGGAGAUGCUAUGAGCGUUUCAAUGAGUUUUGGAGAUCGAGUUCUCCGUAACGUCACCAUUCAAGGAAAGAAACCCAAACCAGUUUGCAUGAGUCUGCCCGGUGGGAUCUCUAAAUUCUGCGGACGUGUUUAUGGCAUCAGCCGGGAGAAGGAUCAAUUCAAAGCGUGCUUAGGCUUGGAGCUGCGCGCCCUCGACGACGUGGAGGCUGCGCUGCGCGUUUCCUGCUUCCGCUUCGGGCCGCAAGGGCUCAACGUGGAGCCCGGGCAGCCAGUGCCGAGCUCCGUCGAGGAGGAGGACGAAGACGACGACGACUACGGACUGACGGAAGACGACGAUGACGACGACGAGGAAAAGGACGAAGACACGGACGACGACGACGCCGGCGGCCUUGACUUCGGGCUCACCGCCUCCGACGACGAGGAAGAGGAGGAGGAAGAAGAGGAGGCCGAGAACGACGUCGACUCGGGCGACACCGACUACACCGGAUUCAGCGCCCUCGGAGACGACUUCUUCGAGUCCAUCUUCGGCUCGGCCCCGACCAAGAAGAAGAAGCGACCCGCCAUCCUCAACGACAAGCCCCUCUCGGCCGACAUCGUCCCCCUCUCGCCGUCGCUCGUCUCCACGCCGCCCCCGGUGAGGUACGAGUACGUCUCCGCCACCUCCCCGAAAGCGGAGAGCGUCACCGAGAAGCUGGCCCUGUCCAGCCUCGCGUCCGUCGUCACGUCCGACUACAAACCGUCGAGCGGCGCCGCGGAGCAGGACACCGAGGCGGUCACCUCGACGGCCAUGACGGUUUCCGUCGUCCAGAACUCGAAGAAGGACGUGGCCAGCACCAACAAGGUCGAGGACAACGAGGUGACGACGCACUACGACGUAGCGCUGGACCCGGCGGCGUCCGACAAGGUGGAGAAGAUCACGGCGGCCACCAGCGGGAUCGCCGUCACGCCGGAGGCCGACGAGGAGGAGGAGGACGAUGAAGAAGACGGAGUCGAGUCGGUGGUGGAGAGCGCCGUCGACGCUCUGAACCCGGCCGAGGACGACGAGAAGGAAGGCGAGGAGAAGGAGGAGGACGAGGAGGAGGAAGAGGAAGAAGAGGAGGAAGAGAACGACGAGGCCGAGAACACCUCGAGCAGCACGGCGUCGUCGAACGCGGUGAAAGACAAGAACGAGGACGACGAUAGCGGAGACAUCAUCGAGGAUAUCCUCGGGGCGACGACGGACGACGAAGACGACGACGAUGAGAAGAAGAAGGACAAGAAGGAGAAGAAGAGCGAGCCGGAGAAGAAGGAGGCGGAGGAGGAAGAGGAGGAGGAGGAGGCGGCGGCAGAGCCGCAGUCGGAGAGAGCGCCGUCGACGACCGCGACCUCCGCCCCCGAGCCAGUGCCCAGUGUCAUCUACCGCAGCAGUCGCGUCCACAGGCGGAUGCGACUGCCCCCGCUCCCCGAGGAGACCAAAACGUAAACGCUCAACCAAAGAACCUCCUGUAAUUUUCACCUAAUUUAUUUGUAAUUAAAUUAUUUAUUUGUACAUUAAUAAAGUGUGUCCAACUCGCGAGAGUGAAUGUAAAUAUCAA